UAAUCUAUGUUGUAUAACAACUGACGUAUUCCCCACCCUACUAGUUACCAGACCUGUAUGUAAGCCGUGCAACUGACUGACCAUAUGGAUUAUGGACGAACGUGUGCACGUCAUUGAAAUUUUUUGCUAGAGGUCGUUCGCCGAAAUCCGCCGAUGAUAUUCGAGCAUUGAGGUUAACUUUCAGCUGGUUACACCAACUGACAAGCUCGUGGAAGAAGAAAAAUGGCUAAAGUACUCGUCGAAAAAGACGUUCCCAGUGCUAUUAAACGACUGGUUAACAUCAUUCAAGAUAGUGCCAACGAUGCGAUAUCGAGUGACGAUGUCUUCAAAAUCGGUCUAUCAGGUGGUUCACUCAUCAAUUAUUUAGCAGAAGGUUUGCCCACCAUAACAACAGACUGGACUAAAUGGCGGUUUUUUUUCUGUGACGAGAGAGUAGUACCUUUCAAUAAUGAGGAAUCGACGUAUGGGGUCUACAAGAUGCACUUGAUGGGAAAGAUUCCCAUAACAGAAGAGCAAUUCAUCAAAAUUAAUCCCGAUCUCUCAGCCGAAGCAGCAGCCAAAGAUUACAUCAAACAAAUGUCCGUUUACUUCCCACCGGACAGUAUACCAAAGUUCGAUGUACUACUCCUAGGACUGGGACCCGACGGUCACACUUGUUCCCUCUUUCCCAAUCAUCGAUUGCUCGAAGAAACUAGCGUCUGGGUAAGCUCGCUGAAUGACUCACCGAAGAUACCACCAUCUCGAAUAACGCUAACAUUCCCAGUUAUAAAUAAUGCAAAAGUAUGCAUUUUUACCAUUACCGGAGAGGCUAAAGCAGACAUCAUAAAGCGUAUUUUAAAAGACAAAGAAAACUUGCCAGCUGCCCGAGUACAACUGAGCAACGGAGAGUUGUAUUGGAUUCUCGACGAAGCGGCAGCGAAACAUGUUAAACCAACUUAAAGAAUAUGCUAUUUGGCACAAACUGUAACACGGGUCUGUGUAAAAAAAUUUACAACAUUCCACGACUUUUUGUAUCUUUAAAGUGAGCUUAUCAUUGCGAUACUUAUGGUAAAUACUAUUGUUUUACACAAUACAUGAGUAGAUACGAUAUAUAUGUAUACACAUUGUAUUUGAAUAUCAACUUUAUUAUUCUAUGCAAUCUGUUAAUUGGGUAUAGGGAAGUAACACAUAUUUUCAAGUUUGAUCCAAGAUUGAAGUGCUUCGAUCAAAGUAUCAAAACUUAAAAUUUGUGCCUAACUUUCAGUGAUCAUUUUCUUAAUAUAAUAUACGGUAUUAAAUUUCAAAACUGCCCUACAGCCUUGUGGACUCACUUUUUCUUAAAAUCUUACAAACAUACUGAAUUAUGUAAAUCUUGUAAUGUGAGUAAAUCAUUUUUUGCUGUUGUGAUAUUGAAAUCACGAUUUAUUAAAAAAAUAAGAAUGAUUAUUA